AUGUGUACUCCUAUCACGCUCUUCAAUCCUGAUGAGCCACUAAGAAGGAUACGCACUACUGCCUUCUUUGACUGCGGAGCCUCCAUAACGAUGAUCAAAAAGCAAAUCGCCACCGACUUAAAUCUGAAGAUAGAGGAAGAACAACCUCUCUCACUGCAAACAUUUCGUAACGAUGAAGACCAAAUUCACCCGUCAUCGAGGACUACCGUCGGUCUUCUACUAGAAAACGAUGACAGCAUCAUGCUAAAGGUCCGCACACUGUCAUUUCUUACCCAGCCAAUGCAAAUGGGAUUAGCGAAAGACCACAUACGUGUAGAUAUGCCAGCUUGCAGCACCACCACUCAACGAGAGAAACUUCCAAACAGAUACGAUCUCGUCCAUACCAGACUCGGAAAUAUCAUCAGUGGAAAACCUCUCCAUACUCAUCAAUUUGCUAUGGCGCUAAGCUGUAUCGAUACGCUGGAUAACCCAAUUCAACACCACAAAUUGGAAGAACUGCUACAAAAGUUUUGGUCGCUCGAAUCCGUCGGAAUAAUUGACGAUGUCUCUCAAUCUGACGGCGAAAGGUGUCUCCAAAAAUUCAACGACACUGUGUGCUUCAGCCCGGAAGAAGGACGUUAUAUGGUUCGACUGCCCUCGAAAGAGGACACUUCACAACUUUUGGUUAACUUCAAUAUGGCAACGUCGCGGCUCAGAGGUCCAGUGCUGCUCCCUGAAAUAGCAGGAAUCCUGACUAGAAUCCGAUUCAUGAACAUUCUAAUCAUUGGAGAUAUAGAAAAAGCAUUCCUCAUGGUCGAAACCUCACGCGUUUUCUAUGGCUUCGAGAUCCUACACUUGGAGUACAGGAGAGCAACAUCGUCACGUACGCCUUCAAGAAAGUACCUUUUGGAACUUCGACUUCCCCGAAAACUCCACCUCGGCGACUCGAAGAACCUAUGUUACGAACUCCACGUCUUCACGGAUGCGCCGAGGAUCGCCUAUUCAGCAGUUGCAUUCCUGGUAACCUACGAAGAUAAAACUAAGAAGAACGCAUCACUCUUAAUGUCAAAAUCAAGAUUAGCCUCACUUCAAGCGGCAGCUACAAUUCCUCGACUUGAACUUUCAGCACUACCCAUAGGAGCAAAACUUACCAACUUCUUGAAAACUCAGAUUAAUACACCAAUCCAGAAGUGCUACAUAUGGUCGGACAGCAAAGUCGCCCUGCAGUGGUCGAAAUGCGAGAAAUCACUUCCAGUAUUCAUCAACAACCGAGUGAACACUACACGAACAAACGCUCCAUCGGACAUAUUACGCUACGUUCCCAGUAACCUGAACGCAGCAGACAUAGGAAGCAAAGGAAUAGCAGUAAAAGACCUUCUCCAUUCCGAGUAA